CCGUUUCAGAACUGUUACAAUUUGAUAGAAACAAAAGUAAACUUGCCCCGGAAUUCUUUCUUGGUAAUUAAGAAAGCGUUAUAUAGUGAUGCGUGUGUGGUGGUGUUGUGUGGUGGUGGUUGUGGUGGGGUGGGCUGGGCUCCCCACCACCACCCCACAGCGGACACAGCCCAGGGGCCGCCAGCCGCCCCCCCGCCAGCCGCCCCCCCGCCAGCAGCCCGACAACUGGGAUGGACAGUCGACCUGGUUCCAGUCUUCUUCUUGCAAUUGCAAUGGCUACUCCAACCGCUGUUACUUUGACCAGGAGCUAUAUGAUAGGACUGGUCAUGGUGGACACUGUCUUGACUGUGCUGCCAAUCGUGCUGGACCCAACUGUGAGCGCUGCAGGGAUAACUAUUAUGAACGUAAAGAUGGUGUCUGUAUCGCUUGUAACUGUAAUGAUAUUGGCUCACGCAGUCUUCAGUGUGCCAGUAAUGGAAUCUGCCAGUGUAAACCAGGAGUGACUGGGGACAAGUGUGACAAAUGUGCCUUGAACUACUUCGAUUUUGGACCUCAGGGGUGUACAGCAUGUGGCUGCAGCUUAUCAGGUAGUCGCAAUAAUGUGGCAAGUUGUGACCCAGCAACAGGUGUGUGUGUGUGUAAGGAUCAUGUGGAGGGCCAGCAGUGUCAUCAGUGCAAACCUGGAUACUUCAACCUAGAUGAUGUCAAUGAAUUUGGCUGUACCCCAUGCUUCUGCUAUGGCCAUUCCUCUAUUUGUUCCUCUGCUCAUGGAUAUGCUCAGGGAGUGAUUGAGAGUGGUUUUGUGCGUGGUGAGGAGCGCUGGCAAGCUGCAGAGUCUACAGGAAGAUCAGUGCCACUCAACUAUAAUGCCGUCACUCAGAGUCUGGCAGUGUCAGCCCCUGGAAGAGACAAGGUUUACUUCUUAGCACCAGUUCGUUUCCUUGGUGAUCAGCGCGCAAGUUACAACCACGAACUCUCAUUCUUCUUGAAUGUAGGGGAACUGGGUCCUCAGGCUAGUACGGAGGAUAUUGUCUUAGAGGGGGCAGGACUCUCAGUCUCCGCACCAAUCUUUGCACAAGGCAACAGUCUUCCAAGUUCUCAGAAACAAGAAUAUAAAUUUCGCCUUCAUGAAAAUUCUCAGUUUGGUUGGUCUCCACGUCUAGCUUCACGUGACUUUAUAUCCCUCUUGUCCAAUCUUACGGCACUCAAGAUAAGAGGAACGUAUACAUAUGAAGGUCGAGGUUUUGUAGAUGAUAUAAAGCUAGAAACAGCAAGACGUGGUGUAUUUGGUGUUCCGGCACGUUGGAUAGAGAUGUGUACCUGUCCAGAAGGUUAUGUAGGUCAAUACUGUGAGUCAUGCGCUCCUGGCUAUAGACACAACCCCGCUAAUGGUGGACCCUUUGCCACCUGUAUUCCAUGUGACUGCAAUAGUCAUGCAGACAUUUGUGAUUCUGAGACUGGUCGUUGCAUCUGUCAGCACCACACAGCUGGAGAACAGUGUGAACGUUGUGCUAAAGGUUACUAUGGCAAUGCCUUGCGUGGGACACCAAAUGAUUGUCAGACGUGCCCUUGCCCUAAUGGAGGUGCAUGUAUUCAGCUUCCAGACGACACUGUUGUUUGCCUUGAAUGCCCUACAGGAUAUGCAGGGCCUCGCUGUGAGUUGUGUACAGAUAGUUUCUUUGGAGACCCUAAGGGUCGCCAUGGUCCUCCUCGCCCCUGUGAAGCAUGCGAUUGUAAUGGCAACAUUGAUCCCAAUGCUGUAGCAAACUGCAAUCGUACUACUGGAGAAUGUUUGAAAUGUAUCUUCAAUACUGGAGGGUUCUAUUGUGAUCAGUGCUUAUCAGGAUUUUAUGGUGAUGCCCUGGCAUUACCUAAAGGUGAUUGUCGACCAUGCCGUUGUAACUCGUACGGAACCCGAGCUGAACGUUAUGGGCCACCUGUAUGUGACCAAGUUUCUGGACAAUGUCAGUGUAAGCCCCAUGUAACAGGCCUCAAGUGCAAUGAGUGUGAAGCAGGGUUCUGGAAUCUCACAAGUGGAGUGGGUUGUGAAGAAUGUGGCUGUGAUUAUAUAGGUGCAUUAAAUGGGACGUGUGAUGUACAUUCGGGUCAGUGCUUCUGUCAAGUGGGUGUAACAGGAAGAAAAUGUGAUAUGUGUGAACCGUAUCACUAUGGAUUUUCUCGUAAUGGGUGUCAGCCCUGUGAUUGUGACCCCAUUGGCUCAGUUUCUCUUCAGUGUGAUGCUACUGGCCAAUGUCCGUGCCGAGAAAAUGUAGAUGGUCGAAGAUGUGAACGCUGUCAAGAGAAUACGUAUGACAAACAAGCUGGCUGUGUUGACUGCCCUCCGUGCUACACUCUUGUGCUAGAUAGCGUCAGCGUGCAUCGUGAGAGGUUAGCUGAAUUGGAACGCCUCCUAGCAGACAUAGUGAGCAAUCCAACUGUAUUAAAUGACGAAGACUUUGAGGAAACUUUAGUAUCUGUUACUACACAAGUGGAGCAAUUAUGGGGAGAUGCUCGGGAAGCUGCUCGUUCUGGAGGAGAUAAAACUGUGGCACAACACAUUGAGGAGCUAGAAAAACGGAUCAAUGAUGUAAAAGAGUUGUUGAAUGGAAUACGACGAGCAGUUAGCCGUGGAGCAGGCUUGGCGUUACUGGGAGAGUUUAACAUUACCCAAGCUGAAGAUAUCAUUCAGAGGGCUCGGGAAGCACUUACAAAUGCACAAGUAUACUUAGAUGUGCAAGGAAAUGAUGCACUGAGCACGGCCUUUGAUCGUUCCAACCAAUUUGGUCAGCAAUCUGCUCGCAUGUCAGAAAUUGCUCGGGAAGCCCGCCUCUUAGCAGAUGAACAAGAAGAUGAAGCAGAAAGUAUUGAGCAGGUUGCUUAUGAUGCUCGCAAUACAUCCAGCGACGCAUACUUGCUAGCACGCAAGGCACUUGAUGAGCAGCGCAACAUGACAGAUAUUAUAAAGGACUUGAACAAUGACGUACUUAGCCUCUCAACUUCACAUGAAAAAACAAUGCAAGUGGCAAAUGAAUCACGAGAACUUGCCAAAGAAAAAUACAGUGAAGCUCUAGCAUUUAGCACUGAGGCUUCAAGCAUAGCCAUCCCUCCAAUAGAUGCCGUUGAACUAAAAGCUCAAGCAACGGCCAUCACUCAUGAGGCUGAACGACUUAAGAGUGAAACGCAAGAAUUAUUGGAACAACGUAGCAACUUGCUUGUGGAAGUGCAGGCUCAACUUGAAGAAACUUCAGAAUUGAAGAAUCGUGGCUGGACACAACAACAAAUUACAGCUGAACUCCUGGCAGACACCUUCACAGCUGAAGGUCAGGCAAGGGAUGCUAUCAAGAAGGCAGAGAAGACACUUACAGAGGCCAAGAACACACUUACUGUCCUUGAAGGAUUUGAUAAGCAAGUACAAGAGAGUCGUGGUGAGGCAGAGACUGCUCUAAAUCGUGUGGCAGAAAUUGAAAAACUCAUUGGAGAAGCCGAGGCACGUACUCUUGAUGCCGAAGAAGCACUCGUGGGUGCAGAGUCUGAUGCAAAGAAUGCACGUGAUAUUGCAAAGGAGGCACAGAAGACUGCAAGUGAUGCCAGCAUAGAAGCUGGUGAUGUGCGUAUCAAAGCAGAUGCCACCAAAGAUGAAGCUAGUUCUCUUAAGGAUGAAGCAGACCAGCUAGCUAGUAGGGUAGCAGGGACAGACUCUACUGUAAGUACAUAUGAAGCUCAGGCAGAUGAAGAUCAUCAGCAGGUGAUGGAAGCUCAGGAAAGAGCUAACCAAGCCAAGGAUCGGGCAGAUGUUGCCAGUGCUAAAGUACGCGAGGCAUAUGAAGUGGUACAAGAGAUCCUAGAUAUACUGGAACGUUCACCAGACCUUGAUCCUUCACAGCUAGAUACCUUAGAACAGCGCCUUGAAGAGGCAUGGCAAACCUACUACCAAAGUGGUGUCGAAACUACAGUUACUGAACUUGUAGAAGCACGUAGUUGGCAAGAACGUCAGAUAUCAGUAUAUGAAGAGGAGAUUAGAAGACUACAAAUUGAAGUUGUCAAUAUAGAAGAAAUAAAGAUUUCCCUUCCUGAUGGCUGCUAUAGUCAAACUAAGCUAGAACCUUAAACUCAGCAUUAGGAUACUAAUUAUACACUUGUACAAGAAAUCAGUAAAGUUACAUAAACAAGGUGUGUGUGCUUAAGAUUUACAAUAGACCCAAAAUAAUAAUUUAGAGGGGGGGUUAAAUACUAAUUGAUAUAUCAGUAGCAAGAUUAGCAUGAUUGCCAAUUACACUGCACUGCCAAUUCAUCCAUACUCAUACUGUCUCCUGUAAAUUAAGCAAUACAGGAAUCUUAAUGCUCUCGCUCUCUCUCUCUCUCUCUUUCAAAAACUGCAAUUUUGCAGUGACAUUGUAAUAUAACUUGUGAAAAGUAAUUUUAGUCAGUAUUUUGUGAGUGUUCAUUAGUAUAAGGUGUAGUUUUAAAGGUACUUAAAACUACUGUAUUUGUGAAGUCACACAUGUUCUUUAGGUGCUGCUAUAGUUUAAUCUAAUAAUAGUGUGAAAGUAAUUACAUUUUAAGUAUAGGUUUGUGAAAAAUGAAGCAUCAUUCUGGCCAUCUUAAAAACUAACAUUAUAAUGUAUUAUCAAAUUUUUUUGCAGACAUUGUUUUUAUUUUGUUUUGAAUUCUAUUUGGAAACACUGCUUAGUAAGGAAUGUUCUAAACAACUAUAUUGUUUUUAAGUUAACACUUUUAUAACAAAAAUGUUUGAUUAACACAACUUUAUCGACAUGUCUAUAGCAACAAUUUUCAAGCUCUCCAUUUAACAUAUUACAUGGUUUAAAAUUUUGAAAUAUGUAAUUUGCUCCAUAAGCUUCAUAUAUUUGCUAGUUGUCUAUGCAGUGAAACGAGGCUUCGUGGCCAGAACUCCUUCCACAGGUUCAACCAAAGAUGUUGUGAAGAAUGUGAAAUGAUGGCAAGUCCUUCUAUUUUUUGCUGUCAUUAUAGUGCUUUGUGUUUUUUUUGUUUUUAUUAAAAAAUGCCAAUCUUUAUACUGUAUAAUGUGGACAAAAUAAAUUAUACUGUAAUUGCU